GCAAUAAUCUCUGAGGAAGCAUCUUAAAACAUUUUACAAUCAUGUGAAGUUGAAACCAUUUCCGUUAGAUGUAUUUGACCCCUUCGUAUAAAUGCAUGUAGAAACAUCUCUUAGCACAUUCUCAAAACACGAUCGAGCUUCAAGUGACUGGAUCAAGAAGAACUUAGAAAAAUCUUUCAAUGUCUUCUGAAAGCUGGGUGGACACUCUGAAUGGAAGAUGGACGCCAUUGUUAUUCCUUAUCCUUGGCAUAGUAGCAUUUUUUGGUCCUUUGUUUUUUAGUCCUAUUGAAUGUGCGUUUCCGUCGGAAUUCACAACACAGGACAUACGAUAUGGCAAGUCAAAAUGUUACGAAGCCACACAGAUAAGGAAGUUUCGUGAUUUUGGUGGAAAUUUGGAUCCAGAAGUCACUACAGUAGAUGACGACUCAGAUGGUCAAAGAACAUUGUACCAGUAUGUUGCAAUCAUUCUAAUAGUACAGGCCCUUUUUCUUCGGAUUCCGUUCAUUCUAUGGAAACUAGGAGAGAAGCGAUUGGGUAUCCAUUUCAUUGCCGGUACAGAGAAUCAGGGUGGAGAUAGGAAAUAUGUCGGAAAAAGGAUUGCUGUCUACCUAGAACAAUGGAUCAAAAAUCGAAAAGUAAACAUUUUGUCAAUCGGAGCAUUUACAUUUUUUCAUUUCUUCAUCAAAAUCCUUUACUUUGUCAGUGUAUGUGUACACUAUGGAUUGCUGGACGGCUUCCUGAAACAGGAGAAUGAAACCAGUUUUGGUUCUCAGCUCUUAGGAAAUAUCAGAGAAAACAACAUUUCUGUUUUCCAAACCUCACCAGUAUUUCCCCGCCAUGUUAUGUGUUCCUAUUCUAUACGUUUUCUGCAAAAUAUCAGGAUAUAUUCCGUGCAAUGUAAUCUGCCAUUGAAUCCGUACUUAGAGCUGAUAAUGGCGGUGGCCUGGUGGUGGUUAGUCUUCAGUAUUGCCGUCAUCGUCGCGGAUGGAGUAUUAUACCUAUUUGGUGCUGUAAUCCCUUAUUUCAGAAUCUGGUUUGUGGAAGCAAAUUUAAUGAAACGAGAACUAGAAACUUCAACGCAAAUUUUGACAGAUCAACAGAUUUGGAAAUUUGCAAACAACACCCUGGGAGAAGACGUCAUCGCAUUUCUUCAGCAGAUGCAGUCCAACAAUAAUGGCUGUGUAGUCAUGGAAACCAUUACUGAACUCUGGAAGAUCUAUCAUGGCGGUGUGCAGACUUCACCGAUGGGGAAUCCCCUAUUACCAGAAGCAUCGUGUGCCGGUCAAACGUUUCAAGCUUCGAGACCAAACUUUGAACUACAACACAUAGAUCGGGGACCAGGAGUCUCUGAGGGCUACGCAGGUCAAGGUCAAGUGCUGGCACAGCAAUCCAUUUAUCCCGCUUACCCGACUGCUGUAUACAAAACAUAAGAAAAUUAUAAAUCUGCAAUUCUAUACCCUUAAAUGCAGUCAAAUUUUGAGAUAUUUGUUAAUAAUAUCACACAAUAUACAUGCAUAUUUUAUACGCAACAAAUGUUCCCGUAGAUAUAAUAUACAAUAUUGGUAAUAUUAGUAAUAUACAUGUACUUAAUAUCAAUAUUAUCAUUAUUUUUGUAAAGUAAUUAUUUACGCGAUUAGCAUUACUAUUGACUAUAAUUAGAGAAAGUGGGUAUGUUAGCAACGAUGUUUGUACUAUGCACAUGUAAUUAUAUGAAUAAAGAACAAAAACCAGUC